AUGGCUUUAACAAACUCUAGACCAUUAAAUUUACUGGAUAACGGUAAAAAUGAUAUCUUGCAUAAUUCAACAUCGCCAAUCUUUCAAUUUAGUAUGACUCCUUCAUUGGCAGGUUCAAUGACCUCUAAUUCACCUAAUAAUAGCACCACUCCUUCUUCUGCUUUUGGUACUACUACUACUACCAACAAUAACAGUAGUAGCAAUAGCAACAGUACCACCACUACUACUACUAAUAAUAAUAGCAGUAUAAUAUCUCCAAUCAGUAACAUCACCAAUAAAAUGGCUAAUACAACUACAGCCGGUUCCAAUAGUGUUAAUAAUAUUCCAGAAAUAAAUAACAGUCUUUCCUCAGGGUCAGAUAUCGUAAAUAUCAAUGAUAUCAACCCACCUGUAAGUGAAAACACCAUGAACGAUGUAAUGACUCAUCUUAACACAACCGCACAGACAACCCCUACCUCUACCUCAUCGGCAGGUCCAAAUAAAAACUCUCUAUCUUUGUCAACAACAAAUAAUAUAAACAGUAUAUCUGCAACUACUUCAACAACCGUCACUAGCUCUUCUAGCUCUUCUAGCACUUCAAAAAAAUCAAACAACACAAAGGCUGCAGUUUCUAAUAAUCCUCUAAACAAUCCAAUUGUUGAAAUCUCUAAGCUGAUCCCCGUAACAGGCGAAAGACCAAGACCUGUUGAAGACAAGACGCAGUUCGACGAUGAUGUUCUAUUUGCUGUAUUCAUUAUAUUGUAUGAGAUGGAUCCUGAACAAAAUGGUAUGACAGUGAAACAGUUAUGUGAUUACUUGCUGAUAAAACAUCCCGAGAUGUCGAAUUUAUCUACAAAAUUGUCAAAUCUAAUAUCUGCAAAAUUGAAUGCUUACGUUAAAAAAAUCGAAAAGGGGGAAAAGACUUUGAUUUAUGCUAUUUCUAGGGAAUGGUCUGCCGCUUCUCCAAGAAGGAUGUUAUAUAUCUAUAGAGGUAUAUUGGCCCCAGAUUAUAAAGAACAAGCCCAAUUAGUGGCUAGUAAAUUGAAAAAACAAAUGGCUGCUAAUAUUAUAACGACAUCAACCGAUAAAAAUAACAACAACGAUAAGUCGAACAAAAAGAACAGUAAUAAUGGUAAGAACAACAACAAUAAUAAUAAUAAUAAUUUGAUUACUUCAUUCAAUAAUAUACCGCAAAAUGUCGAUCUUACAAGUUUUGAUGCCACAAAUUAUAAUUAUAGACAAGCUAAUAAUUUAAAUUUUACGUUUCCUCCAGAAUUUAAUAUUCCAUAUUCCACAUCACCUGUUUCUGCUACUUUAAAUAAUACAUCUCAUGAAGAUAAUCACAAUAAUAUCAAUAUGAACUAUGACCAAAAUAACAACAUUUUGAUUAAUAAUAUCCAUGAUAAUGAAAAUAUGAGUUUUAAUGAAGCUAUGAAAUCCAAUAAGAAAAAUGGUUCUCAAGGAAAUACAAAAAAGAGAGCAGCUAAUGAUAUGACCACGAUAGGAGUGACAAACAAAAAUAACAAAAAAAAUAAUGAUAGUAUAAAAUCUCCAAAUAAGAGACCAAAGACUUCAAAUAUAGAUUCUUCAUAUAGUUCUAAUAGUUCCAUUUCAACAAAUCAAAGUAUGGCCACAGAUUCUCAAUCCACAAUCGUGUCUACAGUUGCCACGAUAAACAAUGAUAAAAGUAAUGGCAGUGGUAACGGAAACGGAUUGAUAAACAUUCCUACGAAUUCUGACCGUAGUGAAAGUAAUUAUAUCACUGCUGUAGCUGCAGCACCAAGAAUAUCAAAAUAUUUACCAAGAAGUAAUUUUUCUACUCCAAACAAUUCAUCCACCAAUAUCCAUCAGCUAUUAACACUACAGACUCCUAUAUUAAAUUCUAGAAGUCAAAGUAAACUAGCUGAGAAAAACAACGGUGGCACUGUCACUUUAGGUAGUGAUACAACUGCCAAUGAUAAUAACAAUUACAACGAUGAAAGUCAGGAACAAAAACAUAAAGAAGAGUAUUGGAUCAAUAUGGUUAGAAGUGGAUUCUUGACAAGGGACAUUAGUAAACCAGAGUCAAUUUCAAUAGACGACUUGGAUAGUAUGUUUUAG